UAUGGUAGUAGUAUUUUAUAGUCCGUUACUGGUAUAAUAUUUCUAUUGUCACGACUGUCAAUGCGCUCGUGUGUUAGUGACUGUAUACAAGCGAAUAACCAUUGAAUAGAAUGUUCGCAUCAUCGCGAAAAAUGCAAGCAGACAUAAUGAUUUGUUAUUACUGAUGUUACUGCUUUUGUAUUUCGAUACAACCGGCGAAGUAAUAUAACCCUAACAUGGCUACUGUUAAAGUAACCGAACAGAAAGUUAUUCUGUGCGGAGAAUACGGUGUCGGAAAGACUUCUAUAUUUAGGCGUUUCGCCAACAACACUUUUAUAACGAAUAACGAUCGAAAAUCGACACUGGGUCUCGAUAAUAUCGAUAAGGAAUAUGUCGUUGAAGACAGACGAAUACGAUUGCAAUUAUGGGAUACAGGUGGUAUGGAAAGAGUUGCAUCAGUAACAUCGAGUUAUUACAAAUUUGCAGAAGCUGCUAUAUUAGUUUUUGCACUAGAUAAUUCAACAUCAUUCCAUCUUUUGUCUCAACAUUUGCUUGAUAUUGUUACAUAUGCUGAAAAUGCAAAAAUAUUUCUCUGUGGAAAUAAAAGUGACUUGGAAAGCACUGCUCCACAAGUUACAGAUGCAGAAAUGGAACAAUUUUGUGAACAGUGUCAUAAUCUGAUUUCUGGUAUAUAUAAAACAUCAUGUAAAACUGGAGAAGGAAUACAUGAGAUGUUUGAGGAGAUAGCGCAACAUCUAGUAGAAACUAACAGAUCACGCAUGGAAUUGCAUGAAAUGGACAAAGACAGGUUUAAAAUCUCAUAUAUUGAUGAAGCUACUGAACCAUCGUGUUUAUGCUGAAUAACAAACAUUAGCAAGUGUAUGCCCUUGAUGCCACAUUUUUUAUAACUUGAAUAACUUGAAUAACAUUUAGUAAAUAAAGUGUGAAGAGUAUAGGUCCCUUUUUGUAUCGAAUGAUAAUAAUGUCAAGCUUUUCUAUGAGGGAAA